AUUCACUCCACUAACAAGUACUCCUAUUUCUAAGUCUUUAAAGAGAUAAGUUAUCAAUAAACACAAAAGAUGGCUAUCAAAACACCAAUUUGGCCUCCACCAUAGCAAAACUGUUGCAGAGCGACAACAGGCAAAGAAUAAGCAAUCACUAGUGCGAUUGAGUCAGAAAAAUAGAAGAGAUUGGAAGAAAGAACCUUGUCCGUCCAAAUUGAGUGAAGGAGUCAUGGUUGAGAUGAAGUGCUGCAGCGUGAUAGCAGAUGAUUUCCUCUUCGACUUCUUCUCUACCUCCACCGCCAUUCCUACUUUCUCCUUUGCUGCUGUAUACUUUAAACGUUAAAACUGAACACCUCAAUCCUUUCCAUUGUGGAUUCUUUGAUCAGACAGCUAUUAAAUUUUACAUAAGAAACAUCGGCAGUUGAUUUCGAAAAAUAAAAUGAGAUCCUUACA